AUGAAAAGUAAUGAAAAUACAAGACUUGUUACUUAUGAAUCAACAGAUGAAGAAAAUGAAGAAUGUUCAAGCAGAAAAAAGUCUGAGUUGCCUUAUUUAUUUUUUGAUUUAUAUCAAGUCAAACCAAUGAUGGGAGAUGAUCCAGUAUUUCAUGAAGGUCGGAAACGGACAUAUUUGAGUGUUCCAGGGAAUUGGCCAAGUCAUGUUUAUAUUUCUUUGGUACUGGUAGAAAGUUUACGAGGUCUUUUAAAAAAAAUAUAUGAAUUAUGUAUAUUAGAAGGAAUUGUGUUUACUUCAUUAUUAGAGGACGAUUUAGGGAUAUUUUUGCCACUACAUAUCAGUCUUUCAAAACCAUUUAUGUUAACAACCGAUAUGAUUGAUAGUUUUAAGAAUACAAUAAAAACAAACGUUGUAUUUAGAAGCUUUGAUAUUGAUUUUUCAAAGAUAGCUAUUUUUACAAAUGAAGAUUUAAGCAGAACAUUUCUUGUUGUCAUAAUUAAUUCAGGAAAGGAAAGUAACCCGCAGUUCCAUGCAUCUAUUGCAUGGUGUUUAGGGCGAUUUAUAAUGGAUCAAACUAUUUUAAACAGAUUAAAUAAUGAAUAUUCUAGAUUAUUGUCUACGCAUAAAUUGCAUGUUAAUGAAAUAAAGGUCAAAAUAGGAAAUGUAAUUCACUCAAUACCAGCUACUCUUUAA